AACAGCUGAGGUAAUAUUUUUAUACUUGAAUUCAAAGACACCCCUCAUCCUCAGGACAAGAGGAUGGACGCUUUAUCAGUAACUGCUCCUUCAUAGAUCCACCUUUGACUGCGCUCAUAGUGGGAUGAAUGAAGACGCUGGCGGUGCAGCAGCGUGCGGACGCGCUGUCUGUUACCAGCUGGGUUUGUGUUAUUAUUAACAAUAUGCUACAGCUCUGACUGGCAGACGACACGCUGGAGAAGCACCGAGGCGAGGCAAAAAAAACAAAUCGGACUUUCCAGCAUCCGUGACUAGAUUUGAUGAUCAUUUUCUCCUGAGUGACACUGUCUCCCUGGUCUACUUCAUCAUCAGAAGAUGCUGCUUUUAAACAAUCUUAAAGAAACCUAAACAUAGCUGAGUUAACACAGGGAGGGGACCACAUAAUCUGCUCUUUGAAGGAUAGAAGUCACUGGAUACUAACUGUAUGAGGGCCCCCUGUUUCUCCCACAGCUGUGUGCUGUGCUGUAAUGUAAAUCUGUUUGAGCUGGGCAGCAGAGCUAUGGGCUGUGGGGGCAGCAGAACCGACGCUCUGGAGCCUCGUUACCUGGAGAGCUGGACAAAAGAGACAGAGUCGACAUGGCUAACGAGCACAGACGCAGAUAUCCCCCUGUCAUCCAUCCAAAGCAUCCCCUCUGAGAAUUCAGAGGCUGGCUUCACUUCUGAGAAAACAAUCAGCCCCGUUCCAGAUUUCUUCGAAGACGGCCUCCCGCCACCGGCUCAGGCCUACCUCAAGGUCUGCUCAGCCGUGUCUGAAGCCAGCCUGAACGAUGUGAAAACCAACAGCACGCCAGCAGCACUGGCCUGUCCACCGCAGGACACGAUGCUGCCUUCAUCUGGAACCACAGUGCAGCGCAGAAGUGUCCUGCACACCGAAGAGAUCACAAAAUGGCAGGACAAUCGGAUGUCGACCAAACAGGUGACCAUUACAGUGACGCAGAGCAUCCACCAGGUGGACAAGAACGGGAAGGUGAAGAAGUCCCUCACAACAUACGAGGUUAUGAAACCUGUGGAAGCUCUCAAACAGGUGGCAACACAAAACACCUGAGACUGGAAGAAGCCCAAACAAAA